AUGGUACAGGAGCUCGCUGAACCAGGGGCCAUCGAUAUUCGUUACAAUGAGUCUACGGUGUCAGCCCGCGAUUAUCUUAUUCACUCGAGGCAUGCUCCUGACGUCGAGGUCGAGGAGACGGAUGAGGGCUGGACGGGCCCAGUUCGCGAAUCAGGCGAGGAGGAGGAAGAGGCAGAAGGGAGCGGUACUGACUCGGUGGACGACACCCAGCUGAACGAGCCUUUCUCGUACGAGGAUUUGGUUUCGAGAGUUACCAAAUCGGACCUCACCACCUUUACGAGGCUAAACCUGUUGCGACUUGCUUCUUUGCGACCCAAGCCGACUCAGAGGGCGCACCUUCCUGUUACCAAUCCAGCGAUUAUUCCCACAGAGGAUGUGGUAAUAUCAAUACCCAUUCUCCGAUGUGGGGUAUCAGUCCCUUUCCAUCCCUUUAUCGCGGCUAUCCUCAAACGUUAUGACCCUUUCCAGCUAACCCCCAACAGUUAUCGCACAACCCUGGCUUUUUAUGCGAUGUAUAUGGAGUAUGUACAUAGGGCUCCCUCGGUAGAAGAGUUUAGCUACUUCUACGAUAUAAAAAGCGUAGGCCUUCACAAUGGUUUCUAUUGUUUCAGCAAAUGGGCGACUUCUAAAAUUAACGGGGUAGAAGGCAUGGUAUCUAAUAUGGGAGAUUGGAAAUCAAAGUGGUUCUACAUAUUCAAAGUCCCAGGGAUUAGGACUGACUUUAGCCGUCGACCUAAUAGACCAUCUCGCCCUUCACUCGACGCGACUCGCAGGGAGACAGCUGAAGUUCUUGGGAGCCUUCCUGUACAAGAUCGCGACUGGCGAUUGUUAUGUACGACUGCUAAACUUCGCGAACAUAAACUGAUCCCUGAGAACGCGAGUCUUUGGAGAGAGCCGGUGUAUAAGGAACCUUCUGAAAAGCAACAAGAGCGAAUUGAUAAACAUCUUUCCAAGCAAGCUCCUCGACCAUCAUCAGAGAUGACUUUCCUAAAGUCCGCUCCUAUGCUCAACCGCAAACUGAAACCCGGGACAGCAGCGACCUCUCCUAUUACCUCCCAGAAGAGGAAAAGCGAUGUGGUUGUUACUCCUAUCGCAGACUCCUCCAAGAGGCCUGCUAAGGGUAUUCAAGAGAAAGGGAAGAAGGUUGUGAUCGACCCAGCGGCUCGAGCUCGUCAUGUGCUGUACCUUCAGGAGAGGUUUGUCAGCGAUGAGUUCUUGUCGAAGAUUGACAAGGCAUCUUCAGAGGAGCUGCUACCUUGCGCUGCGGAGUUAGCUUCACAGUUUAUGGCCACGUUUGCGAAGGCUUUUGCUGCAGGGCCGAAAGAGGUUGAACUCGUGAAGAAACAUAUUGCUCAGCUUCAAGAAGACAUUAAGAAGCUGAAGCAAGAUGCGUCUUCUAAGGUCAAAGAGCUAGAGGAACUUUGUAAGGCCAAGGAGCAAGUUGAGCUUGAGGCCAAGGCGAAAAUCGAAGAGAUGUCUCGCGACUUGGAAACUGAGAAGGAGAACGGCAAAAAACAGUACGACCAGGCGGUCUCGGACUACAUCUAUACUACUCUUUCCAAAGUUCCAGACUUCGACUUCUCGAUCCUUGGAGCAGAAGCCGCAGAAAUGGCCGAGGCUUUUCGCGCCAUGUCACCCACACCAACUCAAGGUGGUGGAGGGAACCUUCUCGAGGAGACCGAAGUCGCGGAGGUGGAGGAAAUUGAGAACGAGGUGGCCAGCAAAGUCGCGGAUGAAUCUGUUCCUGCUGCUCCCAACGCUUGACUUUUCCCUUCUAUGUUUGCUUAUGUUGAACUAUAUUUCUUUUGAAUUUGUUAUUUUUUUAUAUAAGCGGUACAGGGGUACCCGCACUCUGUACUUAGACAAAUUUGCAAUUUAUUUUGGACAACUUCAUAUCCUCGCGGGGAUAUUUAAUGUUUAACAUUUUUCGCAGUACACGGGUACUCGCGUUUAUUUAUUCGACUUUAAUUA